CACUCCGCCUCAUCACCCACCACGCUCCCCUCUCCUCGCCCACGAAGCACACGCAUAAUGGCAGCAACGGGCGCCUCUGCCGCGCGCCACCUGCGCCGUCUCGACCCGUCGACGACGGCGCUCUUCCUCUGCGACAUGCAGGAGCGCUUCGUCAAGGCCAUCCACGCCUUUGACGCCGUGCACUUCUCCGCCAGCAAGCUGCUGCGUGCCUCGCAGCUGCUCGCCGUGCCUGUGUACACGACCGAGCAGGCGCCCAACUCGCUCGGCCCCACGGUGCCGUCGCUGGCGUCGCUGCCGCGCCACCCGCACUCGGCCACCGUGCCAAAGACGCGCUUCAGCAUGGUGCUGCCCGACACGACGGAGAAGUGGCUUGCCGGCGGGCCGAACGGCGAGAUCAAGAGCGUCGUGCUCUGCGGCAUCGAGGCGCACGUCUGUGUGCUGCAGACGACGCUCGACCUGCUCGAGCAGGGCGUCGGCGUGUGGGUGGUGGCCGACGGCGUGAGCAGCUGCAACGCUGCAGAGGUGCCCAUUGCGCUGGCGGUGAGUACUGGCAGGACAGGGCAUGCCAUGCAUGGCCUCAGGCAGAGGUGAAGGGUAGCUGCAGGCUGCGUACAUCGCUCACCCCGUGUCUCGCAGCGCAUGCGUCAGG